UUUAGGAAAAGUUAGAAGUAGAAAGGGAAAACCUGAUUUCAGAUAUUGCAAAGAGUGUACAUUGACUGUCUUGGUAUAAUGUGACUUUUUUUUUGUCAAGUAGACGACACGCAAUUUUGGAGAACUAAACUAUCUCUCCCUCUCCCCUUUUAUUAUUAUUAAAAAAAAAAUGUCAUUUGUGCCUUUACAUAAUUUUAAUCCUAAUUCAUUUAAAACAUCAACACUUAUUUUGCCUACUGUUUCUAUUGGAAAUGUACCUCAAUUAGUUACAGAUCUACUCAUUCAUACUUUUAAACUUGAACGUGUUGGGUUUUUGGAUGAUAAUGAUGUCAUGCCUGUAGCAGGUGUACGUGAAGAUGUGAAUCAACCUGUUUUUCAGUCAAAAGAUAAACGCUGGACUUGUAUUCAACAACGUUCACCCGCUGUAAAAGGCAAAAGAAACGAAUUUAUUCAGCAUAUAAAAGAGUUUGCUCUCAAUUUUGCUCACGUUGUCAUUUUAACUACAAUGGACGCCUCACGUCGUUUAGACUCCCAAAUACAAGGAGCACCUUUUAGAGUGUAUGGUGAAGGAAAUGUAAUGAUGCGUUCAGCUACAUUGGGUAUUCCUGUCUUGGAGAAUUUAGAACUUGAAUCUAAUCAAGAUAACAAGGAAAAUGGCCGUAAAGUUCAUUUGCCUGGCUCUGGCUUAGCAAGACAUUUAUAUGAAGCACUUUCUAAAGAUAUUGAGACAACGUUACUUAUUAUGUUUGCAUUAGAAGGAGAUAAUGCUCAAGACAGUAUAGAAUUCGCAAGAUUUGUAAAUACAUUAUUACAAAUUCAAACAACAAACUUAUCUUCUUGGACUAUACCAAAGAGUUGGGAAUAUUUAUUCGGUACACCUUAUAAUGCAGAAUUAUAUCAAUAAAAUGAGAUUAAAACGUUUCAUCAUCAUCAUCAUCAUUAUGAACUUCUUCACCCUCAGGCGGGACUUCAAAUCCAUCUUCAGUUUGGUAAAGAAUAUGUUGAAUUUGUCUAAGGCUAUCUGAAUAUUCAUGAUGACUUAUUUCUACAUAUUCUUGAACUAAAAUUUCAAUAUCUCUUAAUUUCCUAAAAUAAAAAUCUCUCUCCGUCUCAAGUCCGUCUACUGUCGUUUUUAAUGCCAUAAUUUGCCUAUUUAAAUCUUGGAUGGCCGUAUUUGGGUUUUUAUCCAUCGUAUGACCAUUAUGGGCCCCUUUUGCAGAUGAUAAACGGCCUGUUGCUGCUGUAUGAUUUGUUAUAUUUCGUACUAUAUGUAUUGAAUUAUUAUUUCUUCUUCUUUGU